AUGGAAUUGAUGGUGAUAACGGCUAGAAGGUUGUGGUUGAGAAGAAACUCUUUUAUUUUUGAAGGAGUCUUUUCUUCCCCAUCUGACAUACUUGCAGGAGCAAAAGUGUCUCUAGAGGAAUUUAUGCGGUGCUCAAAUCCAGAUCAGUCUACAUCUGAGUCACAUACGGAGCAUACAGUGGGGUUUCAACAAGCUUGGAAGCCCCCUCCACAUGAUCAUAUAAAAGUCAAUUGGGAUGCAGCCAUCAGUAAACAAAAUAACUCUAUUGGGCUUGGUAUGGUUGCAAGAGAUAGCAAGGGGGAUUUUAUGGGGGCACGUUGCAUGGUAUUUCUUCAGAGAACGGAAGCAUGUAUGGCUGAAGCUUUGGCAGCAAUCUGGGCAGUCAAGUUUUGCAAAGAGGUUGGCUUCUUUGAGGUGAUAUUGGAAGGAGAUGCAGCACAGGUAGUGAAUGACAUAAAUUCACCUCUUCCUCAUCUAGCUAAAACUGGUCAUAUCACAGAAAGCAUAGUACAAGAGCUUCAAGGUUUUAGAUCUGCCAAAUUUGUUCACGUGAAAAGGGAGUGUAAUAAUGUAGCUCAUACUUUGGCUAGAUUGGCAGUGGAGCAAAAUCUCUCAGAUGUCUGGCUAGAGGAACCUCCGAACUGUAUUGCAGAUCUUAUUGUUAGGGAACGUUUGUGUCUCUAG